ACGGUUGUUCGUAGUGUAUUCAGCUUAUUUGAAUCGUCAUCGGACAUAAGAAGAUUGGGCAUAGCAAGAUGAAAACCUCUGGAAUACUGUGUGGUUUACAAUAUAAGGUGGAGGAUAACCCACCGUGGAUAACUACCAUACUUCUAGCUUUACAGCAUUAUCUGAUGUUAUUGAGUUCUAACCUUGCAACCCCUGGUCUUGUGGCAACUAUAAUUUGUGCCAAAGGUGACGUAGAGGUCACAUCAAUGAUGCUGGGUAAUUUGUUGUUUGCCUGCGGGAUAUGUACUGUUAUACAAACGUUCAUAGGAGUCAGACUACCAAUAGUCCAAUGUCCAGCAUUUGCCUACAUAGUUCCUAUGUUGGCUCUGACAGACUUUGAGAAGUGGAAAUGUCCAGAAUUUAACACCACAACGAUAAAGCCGAUGAAUGAAACAUUAGGUAACAUAACAGACCACGAUGGUGAAGAACCCUAUUGGAAAACACGUUUAAACAUGAUAACGGGAUCGAUAAUGGUAGCCUGUGUAUUUGAGAUAUUUUUGGGAGCCAGUGGUAUCUUGACUUUGUUGUUGAGAUUUAUUGGCCCUCUAACAGUUGCACCAACUAUAAUGAUGAUGGGGCUUGGUGUUGUAAAGACUGGAUAUGAACUUGCUGGUACUCACUGGGGGAUCGCUUUUGGCACCAUUGGUCUUAUCAUAUUGCUGUCGGAAUGUAUACCAACAUUAGAAAUAGAUGUCCCUUGCACUGUAAAACUUACCGGAAAAGGGAAAGGUUUUGUAAGACACGAUAAACGGAAAACCCAAAUAGUGUUCCAUAAAAUGUUUUCUGUGAUUAUUUCCGUCUGUUUAAUGUGGCUGCUUUGUUACAUAUUAACAACAACCGGAGUAUUUCCAAGCGACGAGCAAAGUUAUGGAUACCAUGCUCGAACUGAUCUACGGGAUGAAGAAUUAAAAACUGCUUCCUGGGUCUCAUUUCCCUAUCCUGGUAGAUAUGGCAUGCCAACAUUUAACUCGGGUUUGUUUGUAGCAUUUAUAGCAGGUGUAAUAACUUCUGUAAUCGAGUCGAUUGGUGAUUAUUAUACGUGUGCCAGAAUAGCUGGAGCUGUACCACCGCCACCUUCUGCCAUAAACAGAGGAAUAUUAAUAGAAGGAAUAGAUUGCAUAUUAUCAGCAGCUGUUGGUCUAGGAUUUGGUGUAACAUCAUGUAGUCAGAAUAUUGGUGUCAUUAGUUUGACAAAGGUUGGCAGCAGACGUGUGGUACUUGUAGCUGGUAUACUGAUGAUAAUAUUUGGAUGUUUUAACAAGUUUAGUGCGUUUGUUGUUACGGUUCCUGAUCCAAUCAUCGGUGCAUCAUUCAUUGUACUCUUUGGAGUACUAGCAGCUGUUGGCGCAUCAAAUCUUCAGUAUGUAGACCUGAAUUCACCAAGAAACAUGAUAGUGUUUGGUCUGUCUUUGUUCAUGGGAUUAACAAUUCCUCCAUGGACCCAGCAGAAUGAAAAAAUAUUUGCAGAUGGAAACGAAAAUGCUAUGCAGAUGUUGUUAGCUCUUCUAGGAAACAAUAUGUUUAUGGCUUGUUUCACAGCAUUAAUAUUGGACAAUGUUAUGCCUGGUACUGUUGAAGAACGUGGAAUAGUGCUAUGGCGAGAAUUAACAUCUGAACAUCUAGACAACAAGAGCAGCUACUCGUUGAGAACGUACGACCUUCCAUUUGGUAUGUCAAAAAUAAGGUCAUGGCGAUGGACCCAAUAUAUUCCGUUCUCUCCAACAUUUGUAAAUGAUCAUCUUAAUUGUUGUUCAUCUCCUGCACGUGACCAUGAAGACAUAACAGGACGUGACCACGAUGACGUCACUGGACAUAAUGAUCUCAAUAGAACUAAUGAUGAUGGGUGUACAAAACUAUAGAACAAUAUUAGCAUACAACAAAAUCAAUAUACCAGGUAGUUAAUUUGAAAAAAAAAAUCAAAUAUUGCUAAGUAAAACUCUAUAAGUAUCUUAUUGUGUCAGAUAGUUUGACAUAUUCCAAAGGGGAAAGAGUCCGUUUAAAUUUGCAUGAAUCUAUCUCAGAGGAGAAUGAUAAAAUGAAAUAUAACAAUAUAAUGCUUGUUGCAGAAAAGCUUUUUAUUUACAGUCAAAUAAUGAGACGCAGUCAUCAAGCAAAACUAUUUUUUAAGCCACGAUAUGAGCUAGAUAAUUGUUCUGUUUAUUGAAGUAUCAUUUCAUAAAACGAAAAGGCGCCACCAAUUAAUCCCACUGAAAUGAAACUCCGGCAGUAAAAAAAAUACCCAAGACGAACGCAUUUAGAAAUAAACAUUGUGCAAAAAAGUUUAGAAAAGAAACAUUAUGCAAAAAGUUUAGAAAAGAAAUAGUAUGCCCAAAAAUUUAGAAAAGAAAACAUUUUUCAACUUAGACGUUGUCAUUUUUAUAUUUCACGCAAGCACGUACGUGCCUUUGUUGCUUCCGCUGUUUAAAAGAGCAACUUUUAUUAUCAAGGUUUGAGCAGUCAAAAAUGAAAAAUAAUGCAUGAAAUAAUUAAAAGCAUCAAAGGCAGUAAUAUACCCUCUGUCAAUACAACGUAUGUUGUUAACAUAUUUCAAUUAAUACAUUACGCUCGUUGAUGUUCACACUAUACAGAUUUCAUAAAAGGGGUUAAUCAUUAUGCUCCUUACACAACAACGAUUUCAACAAAGUAAGUGUAAACAUAUUUUAUUAAAGAAUUCUUUAUGUAUAGCUACAAGAGUAAAUGAAUACGAAAUAAACAAGGAAUUCAAAAAUUAGGAUUAGAAAACAAGAACAGUGCCUUAUAUAAAUCCAUUUUCAACAAAGUUACGAAGAAGAACGACCUUAAUCCACACUGCACAAGUUUUUCAGUCGUCAUCACAAAUUGGGUGAUCUACUUACAAGCGAUAUGUUUUUCUCUGAUUUAGAUUUUUAAAUACCAAAAUAGUCGUCAUAGUUAACUGUUAGAUUACAUAUUGUGUCCUAUUCCCGAUUGCGACAUAUUGACUGAGUGUGGAUUCGCAUAUUUUUUGAAGCAUGUAUAGCUGGAGACACUAACCUUGUCGACACCACCAAUCUCGGUUCUUUUUUAGUAAAUGCUUUUCUCAGUUUUGUUUUUUUGUUUCUUGAUUUGUAUUUUCUUAAUCGAGAUCGGUAACUACUGUUGCAUAAACUUAGCAGUAGUAAUAUCUAAUGGGCGAAAAAAAGCUAAUUUCAUUAUUUUUACAAUUACAGAUUUGUAUUCGAUAUGGGCGUCCAACUAUUUAAGCUCAAGCACCGCUGAAGAGAAUUAUGUAUGCGAUACGUGCGUCUGGCGUCCCAAAUUUUAAGCCUAUUAUAUGAUGAGUUUAUAUAAAAAAUGACAGAGCUUAGGGUAACAAAUAUAUAUGAAGUUUUAUAUUUAUCUCUUUCUUUUUUGAGAUCAUGGGCACUGACUCUCAUUUAAUAAUUGGCGCUUCUCAUCAGAAUUUUUUAAUAAAAAGAUAGAUAAACAAUUUCGAAAAAUAUGCUUUUUGUUAUCUGCUCUAUUUAUGUUCCUCAUUGUAAUAAAACUAUUAAAAAUGUUUUGAUUAACUGACUUCAUAAAAAAAGCUUUACAUCUGAAUUUUGAUUAUUCAGCUUUUGGAAUAUUUAUGAAAAACUUAUGGGUGAAUACCAGCAUUUUAUAUUUUUUGUAAUCAUGUUUUUGUUACAUCAGUAAGCCAUGUUCCAUAAUUUUUACUCUAAAUCAAUUUUUCAGCCUCAAUAAUACAACUGAAAAAUAUACUUUUAUGUCGAUUCGUCCGAAUGAAUGAUUUGUGUACCUAUAUGAAGCAGAAUCGAUACAAAGUUUUGUAGAGGCAAGAAGGAAUAACAUGUUGCAAAUCCUUCAACUGUUCUUUUAAAUAAACUAACAAUUUGUUUUCAAAAUAUCAAAAUUUGGCUAUCAUUUAUUUAAGUCCUUUUUGGUGGUCAUUUAGCUCUUCUAUUGUUUCAGUACUUAUACAUCCUUUGCUUUCAAAUGUUUAGCUUUUAGCGUUCUUUAUAACGAUUAAACCAGAAAACGCUUUGAAUGCAUUCAUUUUUUAACCCUCUACUUUGGUUAGUACUUGUAUUAUAUAUAUUCUUGUGAAACAGAAAUAACCACUCAUCACAGUUUAUGGGGUGUAUAUUAUAUUUCAGUUGAUAUUGUAGACCUUGUUAUCUUUAUGGCUAUUAGU